GCGACUGAUAUAUUGUCAACACAUCGUGGCAAAUGUCCCAAAUACCGACAACAUCCACUUCAAUUUGAUGCAAGCGAUGAAAAAACAGAUAAUAGUGAUUGGUAACCAACUGACCUUCAAUGAAUAAACCAACUGAAUAAACCUCAGUAUUCUUCUGCCACUUCCACUUCGCCAGAGUCAUUUCGGUUAAGGUUACCAUCGUCAUGUCCGGCAAUUCCGAGCUGGGAUUUCCGAGAUCACUACCUGAAGUGACGCAUACAACGUUGAAGCCGAUAGCUCGACAGAUGGAAUGUUAUUUAGGAGUCUCUGCGCCCGCAUUUGAACAUCCACAAAAAUGAAGUCCUCUAUAUUCGCCCUCCUCGCCGCAGGAGCUGCCGCGUCCAAUCUCCAAAUCGACACUUCCUCCGGUUUCGUCCAAGGAGGCGUCAAUAGCAGCUAUCCUAAUGUCCGCCACUUUCUAGGAAUCCCCUUUGCUAAACCGCCUGUUGAUAAUCUCCGCUGGCUCCCCCCGCAACCGGUCGAGCAUCAUGACAGUCUCAUCAAUGGCACCGUUAUGCCCCCCGCUUGUCCGCAGAGUUCCGGCGCAAACACACCGUUUGGAAUCUACUCUCCUGACACGCUCAUCGCUGGUGGAACGAGCGAGGAUUGUUUGAAGCUGAGCAUCUGGGCCCCGAAUAACGGCAAGAAAGACCUCCCCGUCAUUAUCUGGUUCUACGGUGGCGAAUGGCUUCUCUCUGGCACUGAUAUCCCCGCCUGGAUCCCCGCUCCCUGGAUUGAGAGAUCGCAGGAACACAUCGUCGUCAGCAUCCAGUAUCGUGUGAAUAUGUUCGGAUUUCCCGGGUCUGGGGCAUUGAAGGAUCAGAAUCUGGGAAUCCUCGACCAACGCGCUGGUAUCGAAUGGGUGCACAAGAACAUUGCUCGCUUUGGUGGAAAUCCGGACCAGAUGAUUCUCUGGGGCCAGAGUGCCGGUGCAGGCAGCUCGGAUAUCCUCAACUUUGCCUAUCCCGACGAUCCCAUCGUCCAGGGGUUCGCCCAGGAUUCGGGGUCCGUGUUCCUGACCAUCGAAGAUCGCACGGAUGAUGUAUCCAACUUCACCUCUGUCGCCACUCACUUUGGCUGCUCUGGAUCAGCGGAACAUGAACUGGCUUGUCUGCGUGCUAUCCCUGCUGCCAACAUCACAGCCUAUCUCAGCACAACUGCCGGCAAGAAACUAACCUUCAAACCCUUCAUCGACGACAAGGUCGUCUUCAACAACUACACAGAACGCUAUCUCUCCAACAAAGUCAGCAACAAACCCGCUCUCUUCGGCUCAAACCUCGACGAAGGCACCAUCUUCGCCAGCGGCGUCAACAACGCCAAAGCAAAAGAAACCACCUACUCCAAAUUUCAAUGUCCAGUGCCAUACUCGACUGCCCAUCGUGACGCUCUAGGCCUGACUACAUACCGGUAUCAAUACCGCGGAAACUUCACCAAUAGUUCGCCCAAGUCUGGACUCGGGGCGUUCCAUUCGUCCGAGUUGCCGUUGAUCUUUGGCACUUCUGGGCAGUUUUAUGGCCCUGAUACGGCGUUUGAGAAGAGCGUUAGUGAGAAGAUGCAGGAUUUGUGGGUUGCUUUUGCAAAGGAUCCACAGAAUGGGUUGCAGGAGAUGGGAUGGCCCAAGUCAACAAGUGAUCGGUUCCUCAUGCUGGGUGGGCAGGAUGUUGUCAAUCAGACGGUUGUGUCUGCUGUGAUGGACGAUCAUUUGAUUGAUGGUGCGUGUAAAAGUUACUAUUCGUCAUAUCUAGCAUAGACUGCUUGAUGUAUUUAUAUCAUAUUAUACUCAUCAUUUAAGACCCCUCGGCGGGUGCUAG